AUGCAUUGCCCACACACCUACCUCAAAACCACAACCCGCACACAUGCAUUGCCCACACACCUACCUCAAAACCACAACCCGCACACAUGCAUUGCCCACACACCUACCUCAAAACCACAACCCGCACACAUGCAUUGCCCACACACCUACCUCAAAACCACAACCCGCACACAUGCAUUGCCCACACACCUACCUCAAAACCACAACCCGCACACAUGCAUUGCCCACACACCUACCUCAAAACCACAACCCGCACACAUGCAUUGCCCACACACCUACCUCAAAACCACAACCCGCACACAUGCAUUGCCCACACACCUACCUCAAAACCACAACCCGCACACAUGCAUUGCCCACACACCUACCUCAAAACCACAACCCGCACACAUGCAUUGCCCACACACCUACCUCAAAACCACAACCCGCACACAUGCAUUGCCCACACACCUACCUCAAAACCACAACCCGCACACAUGCAUUGCCCACACACCUACCUCAAAACCACAACCCGCACACAUGCAUUGCCCACACACCUACCUCAAAACCACAACCCGCACACAUGCAUUGCCCACACACCUACCUCAAAACCACAACCCGCACACAUGCAUUGCCCACACACCUACCUCAAAACCACAACCCGCACACAUGCAUUGCCCACACACCUACCUCAAAACCACAACCCGCACACAUGCAUUGCCCACACACCUACCUCAAAACCACAACCCGCACACAUGCAUUACCCACACACCGACACCUACCUCAAAACCACAACCCGCACACAUGCAUUACCCACACACCCCGACACCUACCUCAAAACCACAACCCGCACACAUGCAUUACCCACACACCCCGACACCUACCUCAAAACCACAACCCACACACAUGCAUUACCCACACACCCCGACACCUACCUCAAAACCACAACCCACACACAGGCAUUACCCACGCCUCCAACACCAACCCCCUAAAAGACAGCUCAAGCUCUCAUUACCCACUUCGUCUGCUCUACCUCCAAUCCAUGGUUCUCGUAAAUAUCGACACUCCCAGCCCAUCCACAGUCCACAAUUUUCACACCUACAAAUACAUUACCCCGCUAACACCAACUCUCAAUACUACGUACAAUGUCCGAUAUCACGACUGGUUAAUGAAGAAAAUCACGUCUUGCCCAUAACGCAUGGUGAAGUAGCUUGCAUACUCAUCACAUUGACUAUUUUCAAAUUCCACAAAGUUGUCACCCCACUCACUGCCCAAUGA